AGAGAGAGAGAGAGAGAGAGAGAGAGAGAGAGAGAGAGGCAGCGCGCACGUUUGGGGUGAGCGGCGCGCGCACCGAAGCAAGCUGGAUCCCGCGGAAAUGGGCGAAUAAGGGAUUUUUAACAUCAAACAUGGACAGUACGGACUCCCCCCGAUGACUGUGAUCUUACCAUCGGCUCUGCGAGGACACCGAACUUGUAGACAGAGUUUUUAUUGUUGGCUCACUGUUAUCCCCUCUUUUCCUGUUACCCAUUCCCUUCCUUGUCCUUGGCCAAUCCCGUCCACAGAGGGACAUCCCGUGUCUGACGCAACACAUAAGAGCUCAGUUUGACAGAAGACAAGUGAGCAGAGGUCCACCGCUUUAAGCAACACAAAGGCAACAAAAGCAGAAUGAUGGACAUGUAGACAUGCCCAAGAGGACGAUAUUUUUGGACAACUGAAGACAUAAAGAUGUAUAUUUUUCUUUUUUAAUACAAAAUUAUUAACGAAAUACAGGCACAAGCUGAGACGUUUUGCACGUACAAUCCCCUAAUUUAGUUUCCAAUAGUCACUUGGCUCACACAUCACAGUCUCAUGAUGAUGUGCGAGGUGAUGCCCACCAUAUCUGAGGAUGGGCGAAGUGGGACUGGCGGAGGCCCACCCUCGCCUGCAGCGGCGGGAGUGGGAGGCCCCGGGGGUGCAAUGGGCGCAGGGGGAUUCAGCAGCAGGGACCCCAGAGGUGGAGGAGAUGAAGGUGGCAGCACAGGAAACCUGGAGUCCCUGAUGGUCAACAUGCUUACGGAGAGGGAGAGGCUGCUGGAGAACCUGAGGGAGACCCAGGACAGUCUGGGCACGGCACAGCUCCGCCUCCGAGAGCUCGGCCAUGAGAAGGAGUCGCUCCAGAGGCAGCUGUCCAUUGCUCUGCCACAGGAGUUUGCUGUGUUGACUAAAGAGCUGAACGUUUGCCGGGAGCAGCUUCUUGAGAGGGAGGAGGAAAUAGCAGAGCUCAAGGCGGAGAGAAACAACACACGUUUAUUGCUCGAACACCUGGAGUGUCUAGUGUCUCGCCACGAGCGCAGCCUGAGGAUGACCGUGGUCAAGAGGCAAGCCCAGUCUCCUGCAGGGGUCUCCAGUGAGGUGGAAGUCCUCAAGGCCCUGAAAUCUCUAUUUGAGCACCACAAAGCUUUAGACGAGAAGGUUCGAGAGCGACUCCGUGUGGCCCUCGAGAGAGUGUCCAUGUUAGAAGAUCAACUUGCUGCAUCUUCUCAAGAGGUAAUCUCUUUAAGAGACCAAAUUAAAAGACGUCAACAAGGGGUGGACGGCGGGAAAGAUCGGCUACCCAAUGGUCCGUCAGCUGGACUGGAAGACGGCGAGCUGGACAGACAGAAAGAAGGGGAGAUUGAGCGACAGAGAGCUGAACUCUCCCAGCUAAGGGAGAGGCUGGCUCUCAUGUGCCGACAGGUUGGAGAAAUAGAAGAACAGCUUGCUGCCGCCAGGAGGGAGGUGACGAAGACGGAGGAGGCCAAUCAGAAGCUCCAAAGGGAAGUGAAAGAGGCUCUAUGCCAAAGAGAAGACAUGGAGGAAAGAAUUACCACACUAGAACGAAGGUACCUCAGUGCCCAACGGGAGGCGACAUCUCUCCACGACAUCAAAGACAAGCUGGAGAAUGAGCUGGCUAGCAAGGAUUCCCUCUACAGACAAAGUGAAGAGAAGAACAGACAGCUGCAGGAGCGUCUGGAUGAGGCCAAGCAGAAGCUCCAGCAAACCCUGCAGAGAGCAGAGACAUUGCCUGAAAUCGAGGCCCAGCUCGCUCAAAGAGUGGCUGCUCUCAACAAGGCAGAGGAACGCCACGGGAACUUUGAGGAGCGGCUACGACAAAUGGAAGCCCAACUAGAAGAGAAGAACCAAGAGCUUCAGAGGGCGAGGCAGAGGGAGAAGAUGAAUGAUGAACACAACAAACGGCUCUCAGAUACAGUGGAUAAGCUUCUGUCUGAGUCCAACGAGAGGCUUCAGCUCCACCUCAAAGAGAGGAUGGCAGCUCUAGAAGAGAAGAAUGCUCUUUCUGAGGAGCUGGCCAACAUGAAGAAAAUCCAGGACGAUCUUCUAGCUAAUAAGGAGCAGCUCCUUGCUGAGCUGGAGCGAGUCCAACUGGAACUGGAUCAGCUGAGAGGCAGGCCUGGGUCCUCUUACUCCAGGGCGGGCAGCGUGAGCUCGCUUCCUUCCACCCUUUUUCGAAGAUCUGUCCCAGGGAGCGCCUCAGAGCUGCGUUACCCUCAGGGUGGUGGCUCACUCCCAGCCGGCUAUGGCAACACCUCCAGCGGGGUGGUGGUCAGGCGGGCGCACCGCGGCCGCUGGGGGCCUCCUAGAGAUGAUGGCAACAAGUAUGGCGAAUGGGACAGCGGCACCAUGCUAGGACCAGGGUUUGAGGGCGGUGUGGAAGGAGGCUGCUCUGAUGACGAGGAGGACAGGGAGACUCUGUUUGGAUCAGAGCUUCUGUCCCCCAGUGGGCAGACAGAUGUACAGACGUUGGCCAUUAUGCUACAGGAGCAACUGGAGGCCAUUAAUAAGGAGAUUAAGUUGAUUCAGGAGGAGAAGGAGAGCACGGAGCUGAGGGCUGAGGAGAUCGAGAGUCGGGUCAGCAGCGUAGCCCUGGAUGCUUCAUCUCUCCCACCAUCCUCACUGGGAGGGCGAGACAGUGUUGGAAGGGGCUACAUGACUCCCUCCAUCACAUCCUCCACGCUAGCGUCUCCUUCCCCACCCAGUUCGGGACAUUCCACGCCCCGCCUGCCACAUUCACCCGCCAGGGAGACUGAGAGACAAAACAGCAAAGAGGGAGAAGAAUGCAAGGCACUUGCCCUCAUUGACUCAACCCCUCCACCUGUCCCUCGAGGCCUACGGUUGGACCGAAUGACUCACACCCACCCGGGGGCGGGCCUGGACGACCAUCGUGAAUUCCGCAGUCUUUCUGCUGAUGGUGUCACCACCGCUAGCCAGGAUUCUCUUCACAAAGCCAGCAAAAAGAAAAGCAUCAAGUCCUCGAUUGGACGUCUCUUUGGCAAGAAGGAAAAGGGAAGGAUUGGUGCACCAGGACGUGAAUCCGCCACACUGGCCUCCACUCCAUCUGAUGACCUUGGCUCAGCUGACCCAUUAGGUCUGGCAAAAAUCGGGACUGGGACUGUUGAAAAAGAUCGUCGCAGCAAGAAGAAGCAUGACCUGCUGGAGGAAGCUUGUCGUCAGGGUCUUCCUUUCGCCUCCUGGGACGGUCCGACGGUUGUCACAUGGCUUGAGCUGUGGGUCGGGAUGCCUGCCUGGUACGUGGCAGCCUGCCGUGCCAACGUGAAGAGCGGCGCCAUCAUGGCCAACCUGUCAGACACGGAGAUUCAGAGGGAGAUCGGUAUCAGCAACCCUCUCCACAGGCUCAAGCUUCGCCUGGCCAUCCAGGAAAUGGUGUCUCUCACGAGUCCAUCAGCGCCGGCUAGCACUCGCUCUUCAACCAGUAAUAUUUGGAUGACCCAUGCUGAGAUGGAGUCUCUCACUGCUGCCACCAAACCAGAGCAGAAGGAGUUCAGCUGGGACCAGAUCCUGGCCUACGGAGACAUGAACCAUGAGUGGGUGGGAAACGAGUGGCUGCCGAGUCUGGGUCUGCCUCAGUAUCGCUCUUAUUUCAUGGAGUCUCUGGUGGAUGCUCGAAUGCUUGAUCACCUCACCAAGAAGGAGCUGAGGGGUCAAUUAAAGAUGGUGGACAGUUUCCACAGGGUGAGUCUUCACUAUGGCAUCAUGUGCUUGAAGCGCUUGAACUACGACAGGAAAGAGCUAGAGAGGAGGAGGGAGGAGAGUCAACAUCAGAACCAAGAUGUCAUGGUCUGGUCCAAUGAGCGAGUCAUGUGUUGGGUACAGUCUGUUGGUCUGAAGGAAUUUGCAGACAAUUUACUGGAGAGUGGGGUCCAUGGGGCUCUGUUGGCGCUGGAUGACACGUUUGACUAUACUGACCUGGCCCUCCUUCUCCAGAUACCAAACCAGAACACACAGGCAAGGCAGCUCCUGGAGAAAGAGUAUAAUGCUCUAAUCUCCAUGGGAACAGAAAGGAGGCCUGAUGAGGAUGGCACAAAAACAUUCACGCGGUCACCGUCGUGGAGAAAGAUGUUUAGAGAGAAAGACCUCCGCGGUGUGACCUCAGACUCCUCAGAAACAUUACCUGCCAACUUCCGUGCCUCGGCCAUCUCGACCCCCUCGGUCACUCUGAGAAAAGUCCAGAGGGAAGCAAACUCUGGUCCAAGAGGAGAGUCUGGUUCGGUGAGAACAUAUUCCUGCUAAAGAUAAGCACAUCAGAACUGCAUCUCUACCCCAUCCUGAAGAAAAGAAAAACAUCUUUGAAGAAAAGCAAAUACGAGCACUAGAAGAGCGUUUGAGUCUCAAAAUAAUCAAAGGCACUGAGUGACUGAUUUUUGAAAAAAAAAACAGAUAAAAUGAGUGAAUGUCUGUUUACAUAUCAGUUUCUCUCUCUCUCUCUCUCUCUCUCUCUCUCUCUCUCUCUCUCUCUCUCUCUCUCUCUCUCUCUCUCUCCAUCUUGAUCCAUAGUUGUGGCAUGAUGCUGUUUGACUCUGUAGAAAGUGACCAUGUUGUGAAUUCAUCUUCUGUUUCAGAGUCUAAGAUGGCAAUACUGACAAUUUAUCAUCUUUAAAUACAGUUGCAUUCUCAUUCUGAUCAAGACCAUUGUACAAAUAUUCCCAGUUCAUCUAAUGGAAAAAAGAAAAUCUCUAAAACUCUGUAAAGACAUCUGCUGAUAUGGAAGUUUACCUGGAGAAUGUUGGCGCCCUCGAGGAGAAAUGUUUGUAUUUGAAGCCAUAACAGAGCUGAGAUGCACACAUGUGAAUAGGACCAAUGACAACGCAGAUGGCAAAGUGCUUUAUUCCUGCUCAAAGUGGAGGAAAAGGGGGGAAAGAGUUUAGUUAGGGAGCAUUUGUGUUGUUAUGCAUGCCAAAAACCAUUUUAGAGUGAACGUCUUGAUAUCAAUCAUCUAAAGAUGUGAAAGCUCGGGUCAGGACUUUGUACAAUGUGUGUAUUUUAUUUUUAUCAUUUGUAUGAUAACUGCUCUGUAUGUACAGUACAGCAUGUGUGUGUGUGUGUGUGUGUGUGUGUGUGUGUGUGUGUGUGUGUGUGUGUGUGUGUGUGUGUGUGUGUGUGUGUGUGUGUGUGUGUGUGUGUGUGUGUGUGUGUGUGUGUGUGUGUGUGUGUGUGUGUGUGUGUGAAAGCAUAUGUUCAUUUCAUACUUAGCUUUAAGACUGACUGUAAUUUUAUUUAAGGUUGAUUAAAGGAAAUGUGUUUUAAUUUAUAGACAUCUAAGAUGUUAACUGUGUGUGUACAUUUUGAGCAAAAAAAUACAUAAAAAAAAUCCAAACUGUGUUAUGAUUUUAAUUCAUAUUAUCAGAGAGCAGUGAUGAUAUUUGAAUACAAUAUGAUAACAGUAAUGAUGAUUGUAAAAGCUGUAAUUAAAAGUAUCAUACCUGU